AUGUCCAUAGUGCAGCCCAUUAUCCGAGACCAACUCGUCAUCAACGACGAUGACGACUGGGACUCAGUAUACCACGUCGAAUGGGAACCCGACGCCAACUUCUUCACUGGCUCUGAACUUCGAUCCAGAACACCACUAAAUAAAGCUGCAGCCGAUCACCAAAUCACAUUAGCCCGCGCCGCAGCACUGAUAAUUCGCGCAUCUCUGAACAAUAUCCCUCUGGAUAUCCCGGACUUUGAUCCCUCAAAACUUACCGGCUUCCGAAAACAACUGUAUCAAUGGAUGCAGGCGUAUAACUCGUCUCAGGCGAGUAAGCUUGUGUUGGGCGAUGUGACGAUGACUGUUAUGAUUGAGAUCUUAUCAUCGCUUAUGCGUAUGGGCGUUGAGGGAGAGAUUUUAGCCAAGAUUGGACCGAAUUUGGGAGCUAUCUUACAGGGACGUAUGGAUCCGAUGCCGCUACUUUUGGAAGGCAAUAGGUUCAAUCGGAUGCAAGACGGUAUGGAACUGAUGCAAAAGAUGAGAACGCAUCUCAGACAAUAUCUCUCAUCGUAUGCCACAAAGAAGCCAGUCAUGAACGUCCUCGAAGUUGGCGCCAGUACGGGCGACAACUCCCAAACGAUCUUUGACGCGUUGCGAGAACAAAAGACUGUCUCGUAUACUCUUACCGACUCGUCGCUCUCAGUGCUGGAAGAAACAAAGGCGGGCAUUACUAAAGACUUCCUCAAGCUCAAGAGCCUCAACAUCAACCGCGGUCCUAUUGAACAAGGCUUCAGUCCCGAUACCUACGACAUCAUUCUUGUCAACAAUAUUCUUCAUACCGUGAACUCUCUUUCAGAAACACUAGCCAACUUGCGAAAACUCCUUGUUCCUGGUGGUGUCCUGGCCAUGGUCGGACUCUCAGACAUUUCACCCGCAUACAGCCUCAUCUUGGGUAUGAAUGAGAAUAUGUGGUCAGAUGAACGUUGUGAACAAUUGCCAUGUCCUUCGAACGAUGACUGGAACAAGCUGCUGCAGGGUAAUCAGUUCAGUGGUCUUGAGCCAGCGACAAAGACAUUUGAUUACAUCGGUCAAUCAUGCUACUGUGUUAUCUCUACGGCGGUCGCUUCCACUCAGCGCUUAAUGGUUAACAUUCUACCGGGCUCUCAGAGUAGCUUGUUCAGUUUUGCGGAGCAAUUGGCUUCCGCACUGGCAGAAAACAGUACAGCUUCCACCAUCACGCCAACAAAGCUGCAAGAUAUCUCGUCACGAUUCGUUUACGUCGUUCUCGACGAUGGAUCCAGCUCUUUGAGCGAAUUCGAAAGCCUCCAUAAAGCGAACAACGUUCUUUGGAUCAAGAUGGGCGCUGGAUUCUCGACAGAACGCGACAUGAACAUCAUCAGUCGUUUCGCUCGCGACGCUCAGAAGGAUAACGAAACUCUCAAGCUCGUGAAACUUGACGUCAAACAAGAGUAUCCAGAGUAUGCAGACCUUCUCAAGGUUAUCAUGCGAAUCAUUCAAGUGUCGUUUCAAGAGGAUCGUGGCUCGAGGACAGAGUUGGAGUAUGAGUAUCGCAAUGGGAAAGUUCUUGUACCGAGGGUGAAGGGAUCUGGAAUGACACAGAAGGUUGCUUAA